AUGCCUUCCACCAUCCCCUACGACCCGAGCCUCGUGCUCGCCAACGUCGUCCACCCGGACCGCAUCGCCAACAUCUCCAAAAUGUCCGACAUCCAGUCCAAGGCCGACGCCGCGCAGGAGCACCUCAACGCGCUCCUCGCGUCCAAGCGCAGCCUCGACAUGACCAAGUCGGAGCUGCAGAACCUGGGCGUCCCCACCACCGCCCUCGAGUCCAAGAUGGAGGGGCUCGACAAGGCCAUCGGCGACGCCGCGGGCCAGUACUGCGAGAAGAAGCUCGAGGUCGAGGACGAGCUCGUCGGGUACCGCGAGAAGAUCCGCAUGGUCAACUACGAGGCCGAGAGCCCCGUCGACUUCGUCAAGACGGAGAUCAAGACGAUGCCCCUGUCGGCCGACUCGCUCAACAUGGACGUGCAGUACUUUUCCGUCGACAUCAACGAGCAGCGGUCCGACUCGCACGCCAGCGCGGUCUCCACCUUCAUCUCCUCCUCGCUCUCGUACCUGGGCAACGACGUCUCCAGCCAGAUGAGCAAGGCCGCCCAGUCCCAGGUCAGCAGCCAGACGAGCAAGCACAGCCUCGCCGGCACGCUCGUCUUCUCCGUCUCCUGCACCCAUAAGAACGCCUCCAUCCUGGCCCCCUUUGUCAUCAACGUCGACAAGGGCAUCAAGGUCUGGAACGACCUGUUCGGCAAGGACGACCAGAUCAAGCCCGAGAGCUCCGACAACAUGCUCGCCAUCGCCCGCGCCUCGCAGCAGGACAGCGGCCAGAAGGAAAAGGAGUUCAGCAUCAUCUCCGGCAUGACGUACGGCUCCAGCUUCGUCGGCAUGGUGCAUAUCCUCAACGUGAGCGAGAGCACCUCGAGCGAGAGCCUCAGCUCCUUCGCCGCGUCCCUGCAGUCCCAGAUGGACGCCGGCGCCUGGUUCGAAAAGGCGUCGGGCGGCUUCGGCGUUAACACGUCCUUCUCCAACGAUGUCAAGAACCUGCUCAGCUCGCAGAACAUCUCGUCUCACGUCACCCUCAUCAGCAUGGGCGUCAUCCCGUCUAUUGUCGCCAGCCAGGUCAAGCUCGGCGUGGAGAAGUUUACCGACUUCGACCCCCAGAAGAGCAUGGCCGCCAUUGCCACGAUCCAAAACGCCACCGCCGCCGACCAGGACGCCGUCAAGUCGGCCGCCGACUCGGCGCGCACCGGCAAGCAGAUGCAGAGCAUGAAGUCGAGCGAGAUCAAGUCGGCCUUGUCGGCCCUGGGAGAGAUUGACGAUGGAGCGAACAAAGUCCUCGACAUCAACUCCCUCAUGACGGCCCUCGAGGACUAUCUCAAGAAGGCUGCCGACGGCAAGAGCGGUGUUCCCAUCAACUACUACCUUAAGAGCAUCACCAAGAAUAUGCUCGCCGAGAUGUGGGUUUCCAAGUACUAUCCCGGCAAGUACCUUUCCAUCAAGGCCGAUGAUAGCACCGACAACAGCAACAACAACAAUAACGCUAGUUAA